GUGGGUGGUGCAUUCUUGGGAUCUUCAAAUGAAAAUGCUUCUUCUCAAUCAGUGCUCAGUAGCCUUGCAUGCCUUGAACUUUUUGGCAUAAAAACCAUGAUUCAUUCCAUUCGUUUGAAUUAGCAGUUGUGUCAAUGGCAGCGAAUCACGGCAACCUCUGGAACUGGGACUAUGAAAAUUUUAGGCUUGAUUCAGAUUUCCCUAUGGCUAUACCUCAAUCAGUGUGGGAUGAAUGGGAGCACAGUUUACUUGCUUCUACACCUUCAUCACAGAUAAUUCAGCAGCCCCAGUUAUCAACAUUAUCUUUAUACAAUGAAGGAAUAACUGAUAUUUCAGCAGCUACUUCAACAUGUUACAGAGAUUUUUAUGAAGAAAGCCCUAUAUGUAAAAGAAGACGCAUGCUUCUGUUCCCAGGAGAUGAAGCUACUCAUUAUGGAAAUUAUGAUUAUGAAUCCAUGCGGAGUUGUUCAGGGUAUGACUUAAGAAGUAUAUGCGAGAGCAUUCAACUUCCGGAAUCAACAGCAAGUUCCCUGUGGUUCUCUGAUGAUCAGAUUCUUUGCCCCAAGAAGUUGUGCCAGGAAAAAUUCCCUGAGCAAGAAGGUCUAGAAUUAAAAAUAGAUGGACAAACGAACAUCUUACCACCACCAUUUUUCAACCAACAAGAAAACAAAGCCCCAGUGAAACCUGAUUUACAGCAAUUUGAGGAAAAACCUUCAAUCAACAGACCUUCACUUGAGGGUGUGGGUGUAAAGAAGAUCAAUACUGAUCCACUUACAGCUGCUAAGAAGAAGGACAAGCUGGCCACCCCAGUUCUGGCAUAUCCAUUUGCUGUGCUAAAGCCCAGUGGGGUUGAAGGAGAUGUGACACUGAAUGACAUAAACAAGAGAAUUUUGAUGCCUCCCAAAAGGCCCAUCCAACAUCCUGUUGGGGACUAUGCCAAAAUUCCAUCUGCUGCUUCAACUGGCUCUGGGCUUUCUGGAAAGGCUGUGGUUGCUCUCACCAAAAUACACACUCAGGGCAAAGGGACCAUUACAAUUAUGAGGACAAAAGGCUGAGUUGUGCAUUAUGUGCAACCCAUGUAUAGGAUAAAUUGUUCUAAAUUCAGUUUAACAUGUUGCAGAUGUUCUCCCAAAGUCUUGAUAUACAUCCAAAACCAUCUAAAUAGACACCAACAAAUGGUGAUUUCAUGAUAGAUUUUGUUAUGAUUUAUCGUGUUAUUGCAUCAACACAUAGAAGACUUAUCCUAAGAACAUGGCGUCAUCAAUUGAAAGUAUAAUCACCAGUAGAAAUUAGAGACCUCACAAAAGAGAAGUGAAGUUAGGACAUAGAAAUUUUGCUUCUUAAAAUAACUUAAGAAGUCUGUAGUUUGUACAUAUAUAUGUAUAUUCUUUUUAUCUGAACUGGAUUUGAGAUUUGCCUGGAAUAGGAGAAUUGGGCAAUAUUGGUUUGUAAUGUAUUUUAUUGGGAUUUCAUGAAACUUUCUAUAUUUCAUGUUUUGUAUCACAUAUUGAUAAUUAUAUACAUAAUGAAGACUUGUAUUACAAAUUU